AUGGAAGGCGUUGAAGAGACGGCGAAUUACACUCUGGUGGCGAGGAAGCCUUGCUUCGGUCUCCCAACAGCUUGCCCUAGUUGCCUUCCCGCUUACAUAUACCUGAAACUAGCCCAGCUUCCUUUCGAACUCGCCUUCAAUUCGAUCUUCCCUGAUUCAGAUGAACUUCCGUACUUUGAAACCGGUACAUAUGUUGCAUACAACAAUGAAGAUGGAGGAGUGAUUGAGAAGCUGAAGAAAGAUGGGAUUGUUGAUCUGGACUCUCAGCUCCAGUCUCUUCCGGAGUAUCUCUCGUUGAAGGCUCUUAUCGUUUCUUGGCUGGAAGAAGCGCUUACUUACGAGCUAUGGGUUGGCACCGAGGGAAUAGCUGCGUCAAAAAUCUACUACGCAGAUCUUCCUUGGGUCAUCAGCAAGGUCCUGUUUUAUAAGCAGACUUACCUGGCCAAGAACCGUUUAGGUAUCACCAAAGAAAACGCAGAGCAAAGAGAGAAACAGAUAUACAAGAGGGCAAGUGAUGCAUAUGAAGCUUUGUCGACUAGGUUAGGCGAGCAGAAGUUUCUCUUUGAAGACAGGCCAUCGAGUUUGGAUGCUAUCUUUCUCUCACACAUGCUUUUUGUAAUCCAAGUCUUACCGGAAACAUCAGUGCUUCGGUGCAAACUUAUGGAACAUAGUAAUCUUGUCAGAUACGCUGAGAAACUGAAGUCAGAGUUCCUCGAGGCCUCUUCUUCUUCUCCUUCGCCUCCACUUCAAUCAUUCCCUUCCCCAUUUUCAAGAAAGGGUUCGAAGCCAAAGAGCAAGCCAAAGACUGAAAAGACGGAAGAGGAGAAGAAAUUCAAGAAAAGAGCAAGAUUCUUUCUAGCUGCUCAGUUCUUAGCCGUCGUUAUCUACUUAUCCGUCAUGGGAGGUACUAGUUCCGAUGAACUGGAGUAUGAAGAUGAAGAUUACUAA